AUGGCUUCAUUAUACGUAUAUGAUUAUCAGGAUCAAUUUGAUGGAUGGUUCUUUACAGGCCUUUCACGAGGAGAUAUUGAUAAAAUGUUAUAUAAAAAAGUUAAUCAGCAAGGUUCAUUUGCUGUUCGUCCAAGUGACACAUACCUUGGUGAUUUUAGUCUAUCUGUUAAAGAUGGAAAGCGAAUUUGCCAUUAUUUAAUUCGUCGCUUGUGUUCUGGCCACUUUUUAAUUAGUGUAAGGGUUACGUUUCCGUCAUUAUUAUCGCUAGUAACUUACUACGUGGACGACAAUAAUGGACUUAAACCGUGCGUUGAUUCAAGUGGCAAGGAAAGGAUCAAACGUCAAGUAUCACAAUUUAAGAAUAAUGAUGUCGAUGAUGAUCUAACAAUAAAUGAUCUUCUGUUCCAACCAUACUAUUAUGGAGAGAUGAAAAGAGCUGAUGCUGAAAAAUUACUGCUAUCGGAAAGUGUAGAUGGAUGCAAUCUAUUUUUGAUUAGAAAGAGUGAAAGUUAUAAGGGAGAAUUUGCCUUAUCAGUGAAAGAAAAUGAUGACAUUCUUCACUUUCGAUUGCCAGAAUUGCAACAGGAUAGCCUAAUUAUUGCUCGUAAAUAUAUUGAAUUUAUUUCUUUGGAUGAUUUAGUUCAAUAUUUUUCAUUGAAUUCCAACGGACUUUGCGCAAAACUCACAAAGCCUGGAGUAUCUGACUAA